CCUGCCAUGUCGUGGGUCCUGUGUCUGUGGAUAGCCGUUAGCUGCCUCGUGCUCUGCCAGGCCACUCUGUACGAGACCAUCCAGCAGCACCACGUGCCUCGACCCGGCCAGAACGCCAUCCAGAUCCUCGAGGGCGGGACGUGUGAGGUGAUCGCAGCUCAUCGGUGCUGCAAUAAGAACCGUAUUGAGGAACGCUCGCAGACGGUCAAGUGCUCGUGUCUGCCAGGAAAAGUCGCAGGAACGACACGCAACAAGCCCUCCUGCGUGGACGCCUCCAUUGUGAUCGGGAAGUGGUGGUGUGAGAUGGAGCCAUGUUUGGAAGGAGAGGAGUGCAAGACGCUGCCCGAUAACUCGGGCUGGAUGUGUUCCUCUGGGAACAAGAUCAAAACCACCAGGAACACACAGCCAUAUUCACCUUUUUAG